AUGUCAUCGGAGUGCCUCUUAAGGCAUUUCUCAACGUAUGGGGAGAUCGAGGAGGGUCCUUUUAGGUUCGAUAAGCAUACAGGAAAAUCAAAGGGGUUCGCCUUUUUUGGUUACAAGACAGAGGAAAGGGCAAAAGCAGCAGUUUUGCAUCCAAGAAAAAACAUUGAUGGGCAUCAGAUCGUCUGCAAGUAUGCAGGCGAAGGGAAAAAAGGAAAUCAUGGGGCAGCACCAAAUGUUGGGGUCGGUGGAAUUCAGACCUCAAUUGGGUUCCCUGGAAAUGAUGCUCUCCAGCCGGUUGAAGGGGGAGUGGCGGUUUUACCGCACCACCAGCACCCUUUCUCCAUUGGUGGUCCGGCGUUGACACCAAUUGGGAGUCGGGCGCCCCCAUCACUAGGUAGUGGUGGUGCAUAUGUUGGUGGAACGGGAGGAGCUUAUGGUGUGGGAUCUCAGUACGGUGGCCCGAGAUCUGGUGAGUCUUCACAGCAUAGGAAGCGGUUGGGUUGCUGUGAUUAUUGGUUUUCACGCCAAAGUUCUUUUGCAUGCGACUUGUUUGUCAUUUUGUUGGUUUUUGGCUGA